UUUGUCUCCUCCUCGAUUGUAGCAGGCAGCAGCUAAAUUGAAAACUUAUUUGCUGCAUUCAGAUCACUGGAAUUUCUGUAUAGCAGCCACGGCGUAGACAGAUCUGUGCUACCAACAAUCGAAUCAAAGGAAACCCGCUUCGGUUUGCAGAGUAGAACCGACUCCUGCUGCUACCACCAUGGAUGAUUUAGAUGCUUUGCUGGCGGACUUGGAGUCGACAACCUCCCACAUCUCCAAGCGGCCGGUGUUUCUGCCGGACGAGACGCCCUACUUUUUCCCCACGGGAGGACCGGCCUCGUCCCCUGUACCCCAACAUCCCUCUACUGAGGCCCUGAACGGAACCGCGCUCGACCCCCUAGAAUCCACCCGCUCAUCCACACAGUCCUACAGCAGUAGCUCCCCCCCCUUACCCCAAAGUGAAGACGACCACGUCUACAGCUUCCCCAACAAGCAAAAGAGUGCAGAGGCUGCCAUGAGCUCCUUCCUGGGCAGCAACUUGUCGGAGUUGGACCGGCUGCUUCUGGAGCUCAACGCUGUGCAACACAACACGCCCUCCUUCCCGACUGAGGAGGAGACAGCCCCGCCCCUCCCCUCUAGCAGCACCACCCACUAUGUGCAGGAGAACGGGGUUUCGGGGGCCGGCAAGGUGCCUCCCCCCACCAUGGAGAAGCCCAAGCGCAGCGUGGCCACCAGGGUCAUUGAAGACGUGCGCCCCAGCGUUGAGAGCCUUCUGGACGAGCUAGAAAGUUCUGUGCCCUCCCCCAUUCCCAUCCCCUUGGUGGAGUUUACGGAGGGGGAGGAGGAGACACCCUCCCAGCUGCAGGCCAGAAUCUCUGCCUCCUCCGCCACGCGGGAGCUCGACGAGCUCAUGGCCUCGCUGUCCGACUUCAAAGUCCAGAGCAAUUCUGGUUCUCAGUUGUCUGUCAAUAUGAAUACCCUCCUGAUCAGUCAAGGAUCAGAACCCUCCUCCUUGGAGACGAAGUCACCUGCUUCCCCAGUAGUUGUAACCAGAGACCCAACUGGGCCUGGUGAUCUGCAGCUGGAGCCCCCCAGUGACACGUCCCCCUCCUGUAACCCUGUUCCUUUAGACCUCCACAUAGAUGAAGAUGCCUGCUCUGGCCCGCCCUCCUCCACCCCCCUCUCAGCUGCUUCAGCCUCCUCCGUUUUGUUGGCCUCGUCCCAGAGCCUCCAGUACACCCAGAUUCACACACAGCUGGGAGGAGUAACUGAUCCCAGCGUGAGAACUACGCUGACCUCCCUCAUGGAGUCCCUCACUGUGGUCUCUAACACCACAAGCCACACUUUGCCAAAUACCCACUAUCCUUCUGUUGCCCCCGUUGUAAAUUACAACAGUCCUGCAGUGGAUAAUAAGACCCCCAAGACGCCUAGUCCAGUAACUGUUGCCAAGACCCUUAGUCCCAUGACUCUUGUCAAGACCCAUAGUCCUAUAACUGCUGCCAAGCCUCUUGGACCAGUUAUGGUUGCUAAGAGCCCCAGUCCUGUUCCGAUUCCUAAAAGCCUCAGUCCUCUUCCAGUUGCCAAGAGCCCCCGUCCAGUUCUGGUUGCUAAGAGCCCUGUUUCUGUUAGUGUUGCUAAGAGUCCCACUCCUAAAACGAUCACCCUUCCUCAGUCACCCUCCAUUGAUCCAUCUUCCUCACUGAAGGAGAAGCAUCCAGAAACACCUGCUGCUCAGCUAGCAGAGCCCCCGGCUGCAUGUCCUGACUUGGGGAUAACAUGGCCAUGUCGGGAGCCCUUGCUGGAGGACACCCUUGACAGAUUGCUGUCCUUCGACUUUACCCUGCCAGAGGGAGAAGUGAAGCAUGCCAAGGAGACCCAUCAGGACAAAGAGGAGCUUUAUUCCAUGGCAAGAGACAAGGAAACGACUUGGGAGGACAAUGAAAGUAUUAACCCAAAGCACAGCACGUCCCUGGACGGGCGCGAGGGGACGAUGACCCCCAUUAACAAGGCCAGCUGGAUGGAUGACUGUUUGACCCCCUCGACGUGUCCAGGAACCCCAGAGACCACCCUGGACCUGCCCCUGAACCAGCCUUCGGCCGUGGAGAGGCUGUCCACCUCGGGCCAACUCAAGUCGGUUAUCCGCCGCACCAAAGAGACGCCCAACGUGCACCCCAUGUACCGAGACGGGCAUGUGUUAAGGCGUAAACUGGGUCCUGUCAUCUUCACCAAGAGCAGUUCCCAGGACUGUCUCAUCGCAGAGCUGCAGGGCAAGCUGGGAAUCGAACGCGCCGUUGAGCGCCGACGCAAGAAGCAGUCAGACGACUGGCUCACUGAGGGGGUCAUCGUCAUGAACAACCCGCAGCGCAUGCGGGAAGACAAGGCCUCGCCGGUGGUGGACAAGAUCGUCAUCCCUCCUGACUCGCCUGUCCCUCAGAGAAAAGUCAUCCCCCCUCCGCAGUCCCCCCCGGCACCCAAAAAGCAAACCCCUGUCAAGCAGACCCCUCCGCCCCUGCCUCCUCCCCCACCCCCCUCGCCCCCUCCCAGGGUACCCACCCCUCCCCCGCCAUGCACCCCUUCCCCCCCACCUGUGGUGCAUCAGCCCACCCCUCCCUGGAUGCCGACCCCCAGAGAGCCCACCCCUCCAUCCAGGGAACCUGCCCCGCCCAAAACCCCCAGCCCCCCGCCCAAGUCUGUCACCCCGCCCCCUCCGCCCAAGGUCUUUGUGUCUGUUGGCUGCCAGACUGAGUACGAUCCCAUCUUCCCACCAAUGGAGGCAUGGAAAACUCAAUCCACCUUGUUCAUUUAUCCUUCUGUUUUCUCUAUUUCUCCCGUUCUCUCUUUGAUUCUGGCCCAGGGGAAGAGCUUGCCCAAGGCUCCCCCCAAACAGGCCAACAAGCUGGACAACAUGCUGGGAAGCCUCCAGUCAGACCUCCAUAAACUGGGCGUCCAGACUGUGGCCAAGGGAGUGUGUGGGGCCUGCAACAAGCCCAUAGUUGGACAGGUGGUGACCGCCAUGGGGCGCACGUGGCACCCGGAGCACUUUGUGUGUACCCACUGUCAGGAGGAGAUCGGUUCCAGGAACUUCUUUGAGCGGGACGGAGCGCCUUACUGUGAGAAGGACUACCACAACCUGUUCUCCCCACGCUGCCACUACUGUAACGGACCUAUCCUGGACAAAGUGGUGACUGCACUGGACAGGAACUGGCAUCCAGAACACUUCUUCUGUGCUCAGUGUGGAGCUUUCUUUGGUCCAGAGGGCUUCCAUGAGAAGGAUGGAAAGGCGUACUGUCGGAAGGACUACUUUGACAUGUUUGCACCCAAAUGUGGAGGCUGUGCCCGCGCCAUCCUGGAGAACUACAUAUCAGCCCUCAACUCCCUCUGGCACCCCGAGUGCUUCGUCUGCAGGGAGUGCUUCACCCCCUUUAUAAAUGGGAGCUUCUUUGAGCACGAGGGCCAGCCCUACUGCGAGGGCCACUACCACGAGCGCCGCGGCUCUCUCUGCUCGGGCUGUCAGAAGCCCAUCACGGGCCGCUGCAUCACAGCCAUGGCCAAGAAGUUCCACCCCGAGCACUUUGUCUGUGCCUUCUGCCUUAAGCAGCUCAAUAAGGGCACCUUCAAGGAGCAGAAUGACAAGCCAUACUGCCAGGGCUGCUUCAUCAAGCUCUUCAACUAGGGAGCUAACCCACUCCCCAGCCGUGUGUGUGUGUGUGUGUGUGUGUGUGUGUGUGUGUGUGUGUGUGUGUGUGUGUGUGUGUGUGUGGGUCCGUGUGUGUGUGUGUGUGUGUGUGCGUGUGUGUGUGCGCGCGUUUGUGUGUGUGUGCGCGUUUGUGUGUGUGUGCGCGUUUGUGUGUGUGUGUGUGUGUGUCUGCGUUUGUGCACAUUCGUGUGUGCAUGCUUUGUCCCAAUUCUCUACGGUUCAGCCCUAAGUGUGCACUUGCACCCUUCAUGAAUUUAAAAGGAAAUGACAGGGGUAUGAAAUAUAGUGGAAACUCCAGCCCAUGCCUACACCAAUCCAAUGCUUUAAAAUGUGUGGGGAGGAGUACACAGGAAGAGAAUCGGGGACACGUGCGUGUCAAAAGGUGAAGGCGUGGAUAGAAGGCCGUCGGUGGCUAUGAUGAGAGGAAGCAGAGAGUUGUCCCUUACUGUGCAUGUAGCAGAGAUGAGACUGGCCAUUAGAAAAGCUCCCCUACAGUCACCUGGAGGUUACUGCAGACAGGAGUCAAUGCUCAACAGAGCCUUCAGGGCCGUGGGGUUGACAUUUCAAGAGUUCCAGAAAGCAUGAGGUUUAAAGCGAGCCCAAAGAGAUUUUUGUAAAUGUAAAACGAGCAAGAGAAGCCAUUUUUGUGUGAGAGGCGGUUUUAUGUUCUGUUCGAUUUAUUUUCCUGUCCUAAUAAUGGUAGACUGCGUUAUCAUGUGACCGACGUGUGGAGGUCAGGUUUAUGGGGUCCUGGGAUGGGUUUAGACAGGUCUUCAGGCAGUACUUAGUACACAUAGAAUGUUGUUGACAUUCACUAGGCAGCGUUUUGCCUAUUAGUCCAAAAUAUGCAGUAUGUCGGUGCCAUUGCAAAUGCACACCUAUGAACUGUCUCUUGAUCUCAAACGCAAACACACACACACAGAGACACACACUUUAUACUCUGAGAAGAGGAAAAGCUCUCGUCUCCUCUUUCCCUCCUCCCUUUCUCUUCACUUCUCUGUGAGACCAGUUCAAACACUUGGUGCUCACUCAACUCAAUCAUAGAGUCCUCUCUCUUGUGGCCUUUUUGGGGUCAUUUUACAGCCUGGUAUGGUCACGAUAACAGGGUCCUAUUUUUGUACACUUUUCCUAUGGAAAUGUUCAUAUACUAACAAGGACAGCUCAGCGGCAUAGAUUUAGUACAUCCGUUUUCCUUUUCCCUUUUUGCUUAAUUUGUCCAAUGGAACUGUACAAAACUCUCAAAUGUGUUUGUGCAAAACGAGACACGUUGUUCAGACACACAUACUCACAGUCUUUCUCCAGAUUACUGCUCUUUUCGAUGUGCUAUGGACUCUCCGUUUCUAUUUUCUGUAGAUCAGCCUUUGCGCCACCGAUCUCAUAUGAAUUCCCAUUAAUGUAAUCUGAUUUUAAAAGAACGUGCAUUUGAAUGUUGUCUUUCCCAUGAUGUGGACAGAGGGUGGCGGUGUUUGGGUGAGUGUUGGCGACCUCUCAUCUCGGAGGCACUCUGCUCGUCCCUUACUUUCCAUCCGCUUUGGGUAGGGAGGCAGCUCUGAGCCUGGCAACCAAACUGAGCACAGCGUUCUUCAGUCUGGUGUGACCAGGCUAGGAUUCUCCCUUCCUAUAAGGAAACAGGACAAAAUACUAGAGCGUGUUGAUUUGAAACAACAUGUUAAUUGUGUGUAUUUGAUUUGCUACUGUAUUCGCCCAAACAUUUAUCCAAGUCUUAAAAUGAAUAAUUCAGAGUGAAUGGGGAGUGCUUUUCUUGGUGCAAUGUUUUGUUGUACAUUUAGCUACUGACAAUGUGUGUGUUUUCCCUCAGAUACUUAAAAAGUAACUAAUAGAGGGGUCCUUUUAAUGUACGGGGGGAGGAUUGGUUUUUAACCUCACUGCUUAUAGACUUAUUGAGCAACACACAUUCUGCAAUACAAGUUGUGUAGAGGUUUUUGUCGGCAUUUUCUGCAUAAUUCUAUUACAAUCACAAUAUUAAAUUUACUUUAACAUACUUGGUUUAGUGGCAUGGAGCAGUAUUGUCACUGUAUGAUUUUGAGCUCUGUAGCUCACACUGAUAUGCAAAGAGCUGGCUCUAUGGACAAGGACAUAAAUGGACCCUAAUACACACACACACACACACACACACACACACUGGGUUGGUUUCCAGGCAACAGGGACCUUUCUAACCAUGGGUCCCUGAAAUGCCCUCAGAGUCACAUGGUAAUCUGUACACACAGAUCUGCAGUCAGUACCUAGUCUGUUUCCCAAAUGACACCCUAUUCCCUAUAAAGUCUACUGCUUUUGACUAGGGCCCAUAGGGCUCUGGUCAAAAGUAGUGCCCUAUAUAGGGAAUAGGGUGCCAUUUGGGAUGCACAACAAGUCAAUAAUGGCAUCCAAAUAUCCUCGUUACCUGAUCCCAAAUCACUGCAGUGGGUCACGUUUGAGCAUUUGUUUUUGAUAUGUACGUAAUUGAUUUACUUAUUUCAUCAUUCACUGUUUAUUUUUUUGAAGUGUCCUUGUAAUGUUGCAUAUUUGAAUCAUUGUGAAGCAGGUGAUUUUAACUUUCCACAUGUUGCUUAUAUUUUUAUGCUAAAUGUUUGUUUUUUAUGGUUUUCAACCCAGUUGUCAUCACUUGGCAUGUUGGUUGUGGUAUAAAUACACACGUACGUUUCAUUUUAAUUUCUUAACGCUUUGAAAGAAUAAAGGUAAUUGUGCUAGUGCCAAAUUUUCAAUGCAAUGUCUUUAACACUGUUGAGGUAUAUGGCGCACUUCCAAGUCCUUGCUGCGAUCGGAUUGGUGAAGCCAUUUUGGAUGUCGUAGAACAACAUUGGCUGGAUCAGCCAGUGCCAUGGGGUGCAUCUCAAACAUCUAAAUUGGCUUCCUCUGCUUAUUUCCUCCAUUUGUGUUGAUGUGAAAGUACUGGACAGGUGAAAGCAACCCCCUUGAAUACAACCUCAAUAUAGCUUACAGUGAAGUGUAAAUUAAGAAGAGACAAAUAGGGAAGCCAUUUUAGACUAUUGAGAUGCACCUCUGGGUUUUGGGUGUCAGUAAAAGAGAGGCAAAUAACCUAGAGGGGGCAAACUGAGGAUGGCCUCAGCACAGUAUAGUCGGCAGAUUAAAGGUGUAUAGUAAUUGUUGCUUUAAAAUUACUACAUGUUACUAUUGGGUGUUUUGUCUGGCCUCCUGAGGCUCGGGUGCCAUUUCUGGUGAUGUUUGGAACGGUUUUGUUUCUUCAACCCGCUGAGACGUGGGUUUUUAAAGCACUUUCAGCCUUGCUAUGCCAUAGAUUCCUUGAGCUUCUCUAGUAGUGCAACUGUGUUGACAUGAACAUGAUGAAUCUACAGAGGGGCAUUUCACCUAGCCUGGUUAAUGAGGAAUGCUGCUAACAUAAUAUUCUAAUUUAAUUUUGAAAUUCAUAGACUGAGGUGUAACAGAAGAAGGGUUAGUACCACUUCAUAUUGACCCUGUUUUAAGUCAGGCUCUCUUUCUAAGCCAUUAAAUCCUAAAUUGUUCAAGUUAGUGUGCCAAAUAAUGGAUCAAGCUCAAUGAAAUAUCCCUCUGAUAGCCUUUAUAGCCAUGCUUUGGAGACCGGAGACACAGACAAUGAAAACAAGUGUAAGUGCUGCCAGGGUGCCUGAAUAUAGCCCUGGACACCUGGACAGUUACAGUUUAAAGUUGAAUGAGUUCCUCAAUCAAGGGGAAAUUACUGGAAAGAUUUCUUGAGAGUAGCCAUGACCACAGGUUUAGGCACCAGCCCAAAUGUUGUAAUGCAACAAAAUGGAGCCCUUUAAAGAGAGGCUUUAAAAAAAAAAGUUUUAUCUACACCCUAUGUAAAUCAUCAGGGAUUGUAAUUCUUAUUAGCUUUUGCUACAUUUAUUCAUCCUAUUACAUUUCUUUGCUUUAGUUCUAUGCUCUCUCUGUUGACUCAGAAAUCCCAGACCUAAGUGGGAAGCAACCCGUCUGACUACUCUCAAAGCCUUUUUAUUUUCAUGUUUACAAGUUAACCUUGUCAUUUAAUCCCCUUAAUUUAUCUGAAAGGAACUAUUUUACCCCAAUACUCCUGAGUGGCGCAGUGGUCUAAGGCUCUGCAUCGCAGUGCUAGAGGCGUCACUGCAGACCCUGGUUCGAUCCCUUGCUGUAUCACAACCGGCUGUGAUCGCGAGUGCCAUAGGGUGGCGCACAAUUGGCCCAGCGUCAUACGGGUUUGUCCGGGGUAGGCUGUCAUUGUAAAUAAUAAUUUGUUCUUAACUGACUUGCCUAGUUAAAUUUUUAAAAAGUGGUUUUGUUUUUUCCUUUCCUCUUUCCUGUUUUAUUUGCCCAUGUACCUCUGUUGUCAUGUUUUAUGAGAUGGCUAUAUGGUACCUGAUUGCUGAUCAUUUUUAAUUCAAUGUGAUUGAUGCCAAUAAAUAAAUAGUUUAUUUCUGA